CGGAUACGACGAAUGCUACGACGCCUCCUGGCAUCUGUUCCCUCCGGACUACGUCGAGGACGAGUACAGCACUCGAAGACUCGACGAUCCACUCGAAAGAAAAAGGAAAUUUAACCAUCCCCUCCAAGCGCGUUCGCUGUCCGAAUGACGAUCACCCUUUCGAGAUGGAUGAUUCUUUGGAAAACGUACCGUAGGAAGUAAAGAUCGACCAGGUCGGUUGGUCGUGGUUGAUGCAGUGGAGGAGGGGUGGUGGACCGUCUCGAGCGAGGGGUGAACCCGGAAUCUCCGCCCCUGCGAAGAUCCGCCCUCGGCUUCGAGGGUGCUUGACGAGCGAAACUGCUCGGAGGUAGGGAACACUAGCCGUCAAGUGCUCGUCGAGGACACUCAAAAACUACAAGGAGAGCUCUUCACCGGGAGAAUAAGGAGAGCCCGACUCCUUCUGCGAUCAUUAACCAAAUAUUUCUUCGAUGUUACCAUCGUUCUGAUAUUAUUUGAAUAAGAGUGAUUCUCGUUGAAAAAGAGUGAUAUUCGUGAGUGCCUGGAUCGCAGGAUGACGAUCGUGAACGGGAGGUUCAGGUGUACGGGUGAACGUUGAAGGGAAGACCGGAAGUGACUAGUGACAGAGACUGGACAAAUAGUGGACGAAGUGAUAGGAGGAGUAGAAGGUACGAGAGAAGAGAAUUUUUGAAAUUAGAAAAAAAAAAGAUAAAGAGAAGCCACGAGGACGUGGUAAAUAUGUACUGACGCCGCAUAAACAGCUCGAAAUCGUAGCAAAAAUGGCGGACAAGAAUAAGAUUCUACCCUGGCCGCUGCUAUCGUAUCCAACCAGUCUUUUGAAUCACGUCUGGUACAGCCAGCUCGCUUUCAAUAAUAGAAUACUGGAGAGCAUCAAGAUGCCUAGGACAAGUUUCCACAUCCAUGACAUCCUGCAGUUGGACUCCAAACCGUCUCAGGAAGAGACAGAAGUCCAAGGCAGCACGACGGUUUUACCGACAACGAACGACGUACCGUCGGCGUACCAACAAUUUUUCGAGCACACGACGGCUAUGUUGCAACCCGCGAUAUACGCGAAUUUAAACAGGGGUACGUUACCCCCUCCGCCACCUGGAUUAUUAGGCUGGCCCACCGGUCCGACCUUACCCACCACCCUACCUCAACCCUUGGAGGAAGUAAAUGUGCUGCAGCAGCCGGACUCGACCAGCCCGACCAUCUCGGACCUAUCGUUCCCACCGAAACAGGAGACCAACCACGACUGCAAGGAGGAGGAAUCGGCCGAUUUCGAGGACGAGCAACAGACGAACGAGACUCAACCCCACGAGACCGAGCACAAGAAGAGGAAGAGACGUGUGCUGUUCUCCAAGGCGCAAACCUUCGAGCUGGAGAGACGUUUCCGUCAACAGAGAUACCUGAGCGCACCGGAGAGAGAACACCUGGCGUCGAUCAUUCGACUGACGCCCACCCAGGUGAAAAUCUGGUUCCAGAAUCACAGGUACAAGACGAAGAGAGCCGCUACCGAGAGGGUAGAAGCUGGGGCGAGCGGAUGCUCGCCGAGAAGAGUCGCUGUACCGUUGCUGAUCAAGGAUGGAAAACCGUGCCAGUCGAAGUUGAUGGAACCCGCCGGUUAUCCCAGCGCCGGACAAGUACCCAUGCCACCGUACAUGCAGAAACCGUAUUGGUGGUAAACAUGGGUGCAAUGGGUGAAAUUUCCUCGAGGAUCGUGACGAUUUUGUGACGUAAAUCAUUCCGGGAAGCUUGUGAACUUCGACGAGGGUGUUGGGUUUUGUGAUAUUUGUGAAAUAUUGCCGAUGAUGAUACCGAUGGAUUUGUGAACCAGUGUCAUCGAUACGGAUCAGAUGAUUUUGAAUGAAAACUAGAAAAUUCGUGAUUAAUCCUCGUUAUAAAAAUCAAUAAUUCCUAAUUGAUUCAUAAUAAGAGUGUUAAGAAUCAAACGUAUUAUUAGCAUAGAUGUCCCUAUGGUGAAGAUAGAUUCUUGAAGAAUGUUAAAAACAAGUAAUCGUUUGUGAAAAAUGAUCACGUUGUUGUUUAGGGUAACGAAAUAUACUGCCAGUCGAUGACCAACGACCAUCUAGAUGCGUUUUAAUCAACGAGGAACAACGUGAAUGUAAUUCGAUGAACUUUUGUGAAAAGAAAGUAUCAUCAGAGUGAAAUGAUUAAUUACACGUUGUAUCUCUAAUUUAACGUGGACACUUUUAGGGUUGAAACCAAAGAUAGCGAUCUGUGUUGAAUUCGAUCAACAUAUUCCAUUUACAAAUAAACGAAAUAUUUCUGUGAAUAUUAUGGAAGAUUAAAGAUUUUAUUCCUUUCGAUGAAUCUUGCUAAUAUCAGAAGUGUGUAUAUAUCAAAUAUUCUUCAUUUUCUCAUUGUAAUAAGGAUAAAUAGAUUCUCUCUCUUCUUUUCCUUCUUUUACAACUCAAAUCUUCUGACUAUUCAUUGUAAAAAUUCUAGUGUUUUUUGCAUAUUAUUGCACUUCGAUGAUCCAUCAGUGUUUGAACAGAUUAGAUAAUUGAUCCAUCGAAUGGAGAAAACAAGCAAACGCAAUGUGAUUGUAUAGAAAAUAGUGAAAUGUGUGAACAGUCUGUUAAGAGAUCCCAGUUUAUCGCCUUUAAUUAGGUAGAAUGUAAUUAUAUUGAUAGGUUGUAUAUAUGUAAAUUGUGUAUAAUACAUAGUAGUCUAAUAUAUCAGAUAGAUAUUUAAUAAAAUCGAAUCUUAAACGAA